AUGGCGUCGUCUCCCGAGGUCAAGCCACCGAUCGACGAGAAGGAUUCGUAUGAUGACAGCAAGGUCGAUGCCGAGGUGGCAAUAGACGAACUGAAGGACGGCGCUGUACAUGCCGCCGAGGGCGACUAUACCGAGGCCCAGUAUGACGCGCUGAAGAAGAAGAUCGACCGAUACCUUCUGCCUCUCAUGUGGCUCUGCUAUGGCAUCCAACAGACCGACAAGACCGCGACCGGUACAAUGGCGACCUUUGGGCUUCGCACUGAUACCGGCCUCGUCGGACAGCAAUACUCGUGGCUGACGACUAUCUUCUACAUCACUUACAUGUGCUGCGAGUUCCCCUCCAACUUCCUCCUCCAACGCUGGCGCCUCGGCCGCACGCUCUCUAUCUACAUGAUCUGCUGGGGCAUCAUAGUCUUGUGCAUCGGCUUCACGAAGAACUUCAGACACCUCAUCGCGCUCCGCGCUCUUCAGGGCAUCGCCGAAUGCUGCAUCAGCCCGGGGUUCUUACUUGUUAUCGGGAGCUGGUACAAGACGCGCGAGCACGCGGCUCGUACGCUGUUCUUCCAGAGCGCGAACGCCGGUUUCGGCACAAUCGCCGACUUGAUCCUGUACGGAAUUGGGAGCCACCAACUCAAACAUCCAGAUUUUCAAGCAUGGAGGGCCAUGGCAUGGUUCCUCGGCGGGCUAACAACAGUCGUCGGCAUCUUCUGCCUCUACUUCCUCGGCACGCCCUCCGAAGUGCCCUGGCUCAAGCCGGAGGAGAAACGCAUGGCGAACGCGCGCAUCGUCAGCAACCAGUCCGGCAACGAUCGCACGGGCACGCAGAGCUGGAAGUGGUACCAGGUCCGCGAAUGCGUCGUCGAUCCGUGUUUUUACCUGUGCGGGUUCAACGCGUUUCUGUCGAGCGUGCCGAACGGGGGGAUCUCGACGUUUGGGAGUAUCAUCAAGCAGGGGCUUGGGUUUACGAAUCUACAGGUCAUUCUGCUUAACAUACCGAUAAGCUGCACGUCCGUGCUCCUGUUCUUGAUCGUCGGCCUCAGCACGAUGAGAUGGCAAGGUCUGCGUCUGUGGAUCAUGGCUGCUGCGACCGUUCCGGCGUUCAUUGGGUUGCUCGGCAUGUCUCUCAUCCCUACUACUCCGCAUACGAAGUGGACGAAGUGGGGCAUGUUCUACAUGACCUUCCCCUUCAUUCUCGCACUGUUCCUCGGCUGGACGCUCAUCCCAAGCAACUUCCCCGGGCGAACGAAGCGCACAGUCACAUCCUCCUUCACCUUCGUGAUGUACUGCGUCGGCAACAUGGUCGGCUCCCAGAUCUUCAAGGCCCAAGACGCCCCGCAAUACACGUCCGGAACCGUGGGCUGCAGCGUCUGCCUCGCGCUCAACUGUAUCGUCAUCCUUAUAUGGCGCACGAUCUACGUGCUGCGCAACCGGCGGCGGGAGCGCGAGGCGGCCGCCGCGGGGAUCAGCGAGGAAGAGCGCGUCGCGCAGGGAAAGCUUAAUGGCGAGCUGGACAAGACGGAUUUUGAGAACCAGCAUUUCCGAUACACUCUGUAG